CGGUGCAAGGGUGCGAUGGCGGCGGGGCCGAUGGCGCUGAGGCGGGCGGCGGCGAAGGGCAGCGGCCCCUUCGCCUUGACCCGCGGCGUGCUCACCCGUGCGGAGCCGCGUCGUCCCCGCGGGCCGCUGCCGCGCACGCCCUGGACCACCCGCGGUCCGCCGCCGGACGUGCUGGCCCGGGCUGUGGAGCGGCUGCCGGUGCGGGAGCAGGUGGAGCUGGACACCAUCACGUACGCGGGGCGGCAGCACUUCGUGCCCGGCCUGGCCCGGCCGCGCUUCCCACCUUGGGACCGCGGCUGGCACGACCCCUGGCACUCCCCGGGGCCGCGCUACGAGGACAUGCCGCUCCGCAAGGACCGCAGCUGCUUCGUCUGCCACCAGAGAGUCCGCAUGCUGGAAGGGGUUCGGCAGGCGCAGUGGCUCACCAAGACGAAGCUGGUGGAAGGUUUGCCUCCGUCCGUGCAAGGCGUCAUUGACAACCCGGCUCACCAGCUGGAGGACCACGAGGAGCGGGUGAAGCAUGCGGUGUGGCAUGCAAGGCUCUGGAACACGACAGAAACUGUUCCCAAGAGGGAGUAUUACUGCCCAGUGCUGUUUGAAGACCUGAUACAUAUAUGUCGGUUAAUGUCUGCAAAAUACCCUUCUCUGGCUAGGAGAAUGUUGGCUAGAAACUACAGGAUAGCAGCUACAUGGGAAAGAGAAUCUAUUCUCUUGCAGGUCCGUGGCCAGAAUGGAAUACUUAUGAACUCUAUGGCCCCACUACCACCAGUAGCCUCCAAAGAGGAGGUACUAGCCACUGAAGAACAUGUUCUGGAGACCUUCCAUCCCAUCUCUCCUACCAUUGAUCUUCAGGAAGUGAUUGUGUACAAAGAGCUCAAUGACACAGGUUUUAAAGAGGGUUAUCCAUACUCUCACCCUCACACUCUCUUCUUCCUGGAAUCCGCCAACCUUCGUCCUCAGAGGUUCAGACCAGAGCAGCUUCGUGCCAAGAUGCUGAUGUUUGCUUUUGGCAAUGCACUGGCAAAAGCCAGGCUGCUUUAUGGGAAUGAUCCCAAGGUUUUGGAGCAGCCAGUAGUGGUGCAAAGCAUUGGCACAGAUGGCCAGCGCUUCCAGUUCAUGGUGUUCCAGUUAAAUACAACAGACCUUGCCUCUAGUGAUGGCAUAAAAAAUAUGGUCUGGAUUGACUCUGACCAGAAUCUCUAUGAAAAUGCCCUGUGUACUCCAGAAGUCAAGAAGAGAGUUGUUCUGAGGCCCGCUGGAAUAUAUGGCUUUCAGCCAGACACAUUCAAGAAGUUUCUGGCACUGUAUCUGCAUGGAACUGUGUGAAAUUCAGCUCCAAUGAAAAUACUUCACCAACUGUACCUGCUGCUUCCCUUUGCCAGAGCCAUCACAUAAUUAAAGAACCGUGGCUUAAUUUUGCUUUCUAAAAUAAAUUAUAUCAUUACUGAAAGUAAAUCUUUCCUUUUUU